AUGGAGUUGCUGUCCUGGAUCCUUAGGCAAGCGUGCGGUGCGCAACCCGAGGCAAAGCCUCCAUUGCUACAGGAGGGCACCAAGGAGAGCACAGGCAUCGAGCAGCUGAGACGGACCCUGCGCGAGGUGGUGGGCAUCCACACGACCGCGGAGGAGCAGGACCCGCAGCAGGCCGAGGAGGACGAAGAUUUGGACGCGAAGGUCCCAGCCGGUCAGCUGAGGGCUCUGCGGGAGCAGAAGAGGCCUAUGUCUUCCUUCGUCUCCACCAGCAGGGAGUACGUGAACUCUCUGGCCAUCGAGAAUAGGUUUCGGGCACCUCCUCCGGGCUCCUACCGGCCCAUGACGCACCUUUGCGCUCCGCGAGUGAAGACGCCGGUCUUCACUAAUGGCGAGCCGACGCAGAGCAGAAAGCGCCUGCUCAUGGAAAGGGAGGCAGGCGCACGGUUGUGUUCGAGCUUAACGAGCCUGCGACUGAAGGGGUUGUGA